AUGCAGGAGAUAUUGGCAGGUCUUCUAUGGGCUGUAGACGUACUGGCGGCAUCUCAGUUACGUCAGGAGUGCAGUCAUGAUGGUAGGACCGCUACGGCCCAAGCGUCACAUUCAGGUACUCCGAGAGCAGGGGACAGUUCUGGUGCCGCAUUACUUAAAGAUUUCAUGGCCUUACGUCCACCAGAGUUUAGUGGAGGCGCCGAUACGACAGAGGCCGAGGAUUGGCUACUGGCUGUGGAGAAGCAUUUACGAUCUAUAGGCUGUGCAGAGGCCCAUAGAGUUCGACUGGGAACCUUCCUGUUGCGAGGAGACGCCGAGCGAUGGUGGGAGACCACCAGACAACGAUAUGGUGAUGGAGGCCCGACAUGGGCACAGUUUGUCGCGGCGUUCAAUGAGACUUAUAUACCGGCUUGGAGAAGCAAGACAGUCACACAGUACGAGACUGAUUUUGUGGCGUUAUCUCGUUAUGCUCCAGAGUUAGUGACCCCUGAGUCUCGCAGAGUCAGCAAGUUUCAGAAGGGGCUACGACCAGAGAUUCAUCACGCCAUGGCUGGUAUUGAGGCCCCUGACUUCCCUACGGUUGUUCAGUGA